AUCUCGCCUCCUCGCCUUUUCUAUUUCGCCCCUCCUCUGUUCCAAUAAUAAUAAAAAGAAAAAUCCUCGAUUCGUUUCCUCGCGAACUUUUUUUUCUCAGGGCACCGGCGGCGAUCAGCCUCGAUUCGCGGCGGAGGCGGAGAUGGUUGCCGUGGCGGCGGAGGGCCCGAUCCGCGCGGACGCCGUGCUGGCGACGGCGGAGGGCGGGGAGAGGGAGGCGGGGAAGGAGGAGACGAGGGAGUACGAGAGCGACAUGAGGAAGCUGGAGGAGCUGCUCUCCAAGUUGAACCCUUCGGCGGAGGAGUUCGUGCCGCUGUCGCGCCGCCAGGGGGACGGCGUCCGCCGGCUGUCGGCUGACGCGCCCGUGUUCGUGUCGCCGGCGAUCGAUUACUACGGGCGCCACCACCAGCUGCCGCCGCAGCUGCAGCUCAUGGGCGGCGGCGGCGGCGGUGGCAUGGGCGGUGGCGGGGGGAGGGACUCCAGCAGCGACGGAUCCGCCAACGGCCAGCCGAAUCGACGGAAAAGGAAUGGCUUCAACCAGGGGAGGAGAAGGAUGGGAGGCCGGCCACGUCGAGCUGAUAGGGAGGACAGUGUGCGGCGAACUGUCUAUGUCUCUGACAUUGAUCAGCAUGUUACUGAACAGAAACUUGCUGAAGUUUUUUCAACCUGUGGACAGGUAGUAGAUUGCCGUAUCUGUGGUGAUCCUAACUCGGUGCUGCGUUUUGCUUUUAUCGAGUUUGCUGAUGAUGUUGGUGCAAGAGCAGCACUAACGCUUGGUGGAACCAUUCUUGGUUUUUAUCCUGUCAGAGUUUUGCCAUCCAAGACAGCGAUUUUACCAGUGAACCCUAAAUUUCUUCCUCGAACAGAGGAUGAGAAAGAAAUGGUAUCCCGUACUGUAUAUUGUACUAACAUUGAUAAGAAGAUUACAGAAGAUGAAGUGAAGCAAUUCUUUGAGGGAUCAUGUGGUGAAGUUUGUCGCCUGAGGCUACUUGGUGAUUAUGUGCACUCCACAUGCAUCGCCUUUGUUGAGUUUGUCCAAGCAGAUAGUGCUAUUCUAGCUCUGAACUGCAGUGGCAUGGUUCUUGGCUCGCUUCCCGUCAGGGUGAGCCCGUCAAAGACACCAGUCCGCCCUCGUUCGCCCCGUGUGACGUCAUACUGAAUCCGACUCAUCUGAAGCCUGUUGUCCAGGGCAGCAAUUUCCGGGCAACAAAGCCUCUAGUCGUGUGGCCUUAGAGACUGUCACGCCGCGGAUCAGCAAUUGUCGUUGAAGAGAGUUCUCGUUGCUUAAAUCUAGUCGUCUAGUAGAAGGCCCCUCGCUGAUGUUUCUCGGAUCAGAGACCCAUCUGUCUGUAUGGUCGCUGGGAGCUUUAUUUUGACCUUUUUUCUUUCUCACCCUUGUUUAAUUAUGGAUGGAUGCUAUAGCAGCCUUGACAGGCAUUGGAACAAUAAUGCCAAUGGAUUCUCUUAUUCA